AUGCACAGGGCGUCAUACGUUGGUGUUUUCUUUGUGGCUAUGAUCGUAAAAUCUCAUCAGGCUCCUUGGGGUCAGCAUCCUCUUCUCACGGCUACUACAGCAGCAAUGAUGGAAAGGGAACAAAAGGUUUAUCCUGAAAGUGCUCACUGUCUAAUUGCACCUGUUUCUUGUUUAAGCGACUGCAAGAAGAACAAAGGAAGCAUCCUCAAAAACUCAGUUGAGUACAUCUCAAUUUUGCAGAAGGAGAAUCAAAGCUUUAAUAGCCUCUAUAAUGAAACUAAUCUCGCCCACACUGUCAUUGAACGCAUGAUGAAACGCAUUCAGGCAAGUACCUUGGAGUCGAUACUACCGCCGGAAUAUUUGGCCAAGGUGACUUCAGAAGGCGUGGGAGAAUAUCGCUCGGCUUGGCAGGAGUGGAGUAAAGUGCACGAAAUAAACCACCAGAAAAUGGCUGCUGGUCAUGGCAUUGGUGUUGCAGGUGCCACAGGCAUUGUUGUUGAUACUAGCGAAUCAUCCCCUGGAAUGUCCUCUGUUGGUAACAACGAAGACGGCUCGUAUCUUGAUGCCAGAGGUGAUUCAAACUCCCCAGUGCCUCCGGUGGGCCGUUCUGGACGCACUCGCUGCACUUCGGCUUCAUCCACCUCUGGCCAACCACUGGCAUUAGGGGUCACUUCAGGAGGGGGCGGAGGUGGUGGAGGAGGUCUUGAUAGUGGUGGCCCUCUAGGUGCUCCCUCCAUUGUCGGUUCUCUUCCCUCUCGUGGAGCCCGUAUUCUGCCCGCCACAUCACCCCCUAGCCAUACAGGUCCCAAUCAAACUGGAACUCGUUUGCAUCAAAUGCGUCCCAUGUUCUCACCCUCACUCUAUACCUCUCCAAGCGGAAGCGGGGUCAAACAUCCCUCAUCCUCCUCGGGCAACCGCAUGACUGGCAAACGAACUGCCGUCGGCCGUCCCCCAUCCACCAAAAUGGAGGAGAGUGGCGUGGGUAUUCCUAUGCCGCCUGUACAGAACCCCAUAUUUUCUCCGGGCUCUGGAAACAACUUUGGAGGAGGAAAUGGCCCAUUUGCUGGACUCAGCAUCUCCCUCCCUGUGAGAAUGGCUCCUGAUGAAUUUCCCACCACCACCGAGAUGAACACUGAUGAGUCCUAUCUGCGAAUGACAACUGAGAGCGGAGGGGAACCGGGCAAUGGUUGUCAAGAUGUGAUGUCAAUCCCAGCUGGAGGAUUCAAGCCAGAGCCAAUGGUUGAAGUGCCCUGCAACCCCCCACCUACAUCAUCUACUCCAUUACAUUCACAUUCCUAUCAGUCCCCUCUGUUCUGUGGAAGUGGACCUGGUGUGAAUAUUGGUAUGUCUGGAACCGUUGGGGGAAGUAGCGGUGUUCCUCCAAUGUGGCCACGUUUACAGCGUCUUGUGUCAGAUGGACAACAUCAAAAAGCACCACCCGAUCCAACUUCACCUGGUCAUCAACCCAUGGCCGACGAAUUACAAUUCGAUCAUGCCGUGUAA